GGGGUGGUGAUGGGGAUGGUGAUGGUGAUGGUGGUGAUGGUGAUGGUGAUGGUGAUGUAAAACAAGGAAAUGUAACAAGUAAAAGAAGCACCACAUUGUGUUAGAGAGGCCAUUCACCACAUUGCGUUAGAGAGGCCAUUCACCACAUUGUGUUAGAGAGGCCAUUCACCACAUUGCGUUAGAGAGGCCAUUCAUCACAUUGCGUUAGAGAGGCCAUUCAUCACAUUGCGUUAGAGAGGCCAUUCACCACAUUGCGUUAGAGAGGCCAUUCAUCACAUUGCGUUAGAGAGGCCAUUCACCACAUUGCGUUAGAGAGGCCAUUCACCACAUUGCGUUAGAGAGGCCAUUCAUCACAUUGCGUUAGAGAGGCCAUUCAUCACAUUGCGUUAGAGAGGCCAUUCAUCACAUUGCGUUAGAGAGGCCAUUCAUCACAUUGCGUUAGAGAGGCCAUUCACCACAUUGCGUUAGAGAGGCCAUUCACCACAUUGCGUUAGAGAGGCCAUUCACCACAUUGCGUUAGAGAGGCCAUUCACCACAUUGCGUUAGAGAGGCCAUUCAUCACAUUGCGUUAGAGAGGCCAUUCACCACAUUGCGUUAGAGAGGCCAUUCAUGAGUCUGAUUUCAUUUGCUUUGGUUAGCUGAUUAUGUCUUUUUCAUAUUUUUUAUGACCGUUUUGUUUCUCCGGAUAUAGAAUGAGUUGAUAAAACGGCAGCGACACUGUUCUGUGCAGCUAGACGGGUACAAGACUCUAAAUCAUCUUGAACAACUUGACUACCUUUCCUAACCUACCCCAUGAAUAGGGAGCGUUCUCUCUGCCUGUAUUGUGACAGAAGACAGAGCACCCCCUCACAGGCAACCCCCUACGACCAGAGAGAGAGACAGAGAGGAAUACUCAGUGUGUGAGGGAGAGGAGAGCGCACGCUCUGACGGACUCUGACGGGCUCUGACGGGCACAUAGAUGUGCCCUGGAUCGCUCUCCCAACAAUAACUAAUUGAUAGACAGACACAGAGUCAUCUGGAUUGGCGCUUUGACUCCAUUCUGAAUGCAGGACCGGGACUGAUGCCAGCUGCGGUUGUCGGGUCAGUCUUGAUCUGCGCACUACCUAUAUCUCCAAAUAUGUGUCAGUGCGAUUCAGUAGCGAAAGCCAGCAGAACACCGGACUCUCUCACGGAAGCAGGGAAGCUGUUCUUGAAACACACUACCUUCCAUGGACUGAGACAUGUAUUUCUGAACGGCUCUUACCCCCGCAGGCUCGCCUGGCUGCUGGCUUUCCUCACAGCUGUCGCUCUCCUAUUCACCUGGUCCUCAAACCGGGUCCGGUACCUCCUCUCUUCGCCAGUGCACACCAAGGCGCAUAUGGUGUACGCCAAACGUCUCGUUUUCCCCGCGGUGACCAUUUGCAACCAGAACCUCCUCAUACCGCGUCGCAUGAAGAAACCGGACAUAUUCAGCGCGGGAAGAUGGUUAGGACUUCUAGGGAGGAACUGGCAAGUGUCCCCCGGCGCCAGGGACAUGCUUACACCCGGGACCGACCAUGACAGCAGCAGCAACGAGCCGCCGUGGUCACCGCUCUCUCGGAUCCUGGACUUCAACCACUUUCUGCCUCCUCCCUUGGAGUCUCAGCCGUCCAUGCUGCAGCUCCUGGACCGCCUCGGUCAUCAGAUGGAGGAGAUGCUGCUUUACUGCCGCUUCCAGGGAGAGGUGUGCGGGCCUCGCAACUUCAGCACCAUCUUCACCCGUUAUGGGAAGUGUUACACGUUCAACUCUGGCCAAGAUAAUCGGCCGCUGCUGGUGACCAUGAAGGGAGGGAUGGGUAACGGUCUGGAGCUGAUGUUGGAUAUACAACAGGACGAAUACCUGCCAGUCUGGGGAGAAACAGAUGAGACGUCGUUCGAGGCGGGCAUCAAGGUUCAGAUCCACACGCAGGACGAGCCUCCCUUCAUUGACCAGCUGGGUUUCGGAGUGGCCCCGGGCUUCCAGACCUUCGUAUCCUGUCAGGAACAACGGCUGACAUACCUGCCACCUCCGUGGGGCGACUGCAAGUCCACUCCCAUGGACUCUGACUUCUUCAACACCUACAGCCUCACGGCCUGUCGUAUCGACUGUGAGACACGUUACCUGGUGGAGAACUGUAACUGCCGCAUGGUACACAUGCCUGGAGAUGCCCCUUACUGUACCCCAGAGCAGUACAAGGAGUGUGCUGACCCUGCCUUGGACUUCCUGGUGGAGAGGGAUAAUGACUACUGUGUGUGUGAGACGCCCUGCAACAUGACACGCUUUGGAAAAGAGAUGUCGUUCGUCAAGAUUCCCAGUAAGGCCUCAGCCAAGUACCUGGCCAAGAAGUACAACAAGACAGAGCAAUACAUUGCUGAUAACAUCCUGGUCCUGGAUAUCUUCUUUGAGGCUCUGAACUACGAGACCAUCGAGCAGACGAAAGCUUACGAGUUCGCAGGGUUGCUGGGUGAUAUUGGUGGUCAGAUGGGUCUCUUCAUAGGAGCCAGUAUCCUCACCAUCCUGGAGCUCUUUGACUACCUAUAUGAGGUGAUCAAGUACAAGCUGUGUCGAUGCUCAAAUAAGAAACACAAACACAACAACAACAAUAACCGGGGAGCAGUUCUGAGUCUGGACGACGUCAAACGCCAUGCGCCCUGUGAGAACCUGCGUAUACCGGGUACGUAUCCUGCCAACAUGCUACCUCACCAUCCAGCGCAGGGCAACGUCGAAGACUUCACGUGCUGAGCCAAGUACCUGAGCCAAUCAGGGAAGGAGGAAGAACCUGGCAGUAUGCAACCAAAGUCAACUAUACAACAAGAAUAUCUGACGUGAACACUAUAUAUAAGGGAUUGAAAUAAAAAACUGAUUGUCAAUAUGGAAACAUUUCUUACUAUCUGAGAGGAGGUGGAAAAUAUCAACAAUCACAAGAAGUAGAGAAGAUGAAGACUAUUCCAAACAUAAAUAUCUGUAAAUGUUUGUUCUGGAACAUUUUGGGGAAUUUGGAAUCCUAGAAGUGAAUCCUGAAUGUUCUAUGUCUAUGUUUGGAAUAGAAACAGGAAACAAAGACUCUACUCUUCAAGAUCACACUGCAAAUAUGGCUCUCUCACUCUAAAACAGACAGAUAUGGGAAAUGUAACUAACUACUGUACAGACACAACACUGUACAGACAACAUCAACAGAGCCCCAUGCCUUUACUCUAUACAGUAUCAGCAACACUCAGCUGUCACUGAGUAUCCUAUUGGGAUAGUAGUAUGGUUGGGAUCAAUUCCAUUUAAAUGUAGCCUUUUAACUUCCUGAAUUGAAUGAAUUGAAAUGCCAUUGACCCCAACCCUGGUCAGUAGAGAAAUGUAAUGCUUCACUGAACUCCAGUGUAAAUGUAGCAGUGUAAAUGCUGUUCCUCAGUUCCAGUGGGAAUCUCUAUGUUGCUGUCUUUCAUUUUGAAUGUAGCUAUCUCUACAAUGGGUUAAAUCAACUACAACCAAGAGGAGUAGUGAAAACAUUUAGGGAGACGAUGGUAGAGAGAUCUACCGUUUAGAAGAAGAGAAAAAAAAAGUAUGGUGAACUUUUCAGGUUUUAUCUUUUAAACGCAUGCUUCUAUAUCGUCCUCUGCAUGUAUUACAUUUUGUAUUUUGUUUAUUUUAUUAUUAUUGCCAAGUUUGCCUCAAUGAUACAAGUAAAGGAAUAUGAUGCUCCCCUCCUAUUCAUUGUGUGUGUGUGUGUGUGUGUGUGUGUGUGUGUGUGUGUGUGUGUGUGUGUGUGUGUGUGUGUGUGUGUGUGUGUGUGUGUGUGUGUGUGUGUGUGUGUGUGUGUGUGUGUGUGUGUGUGUGACCAGCCUAGCUGUACCUCAUCCCAUCAAUAAGCUUUUUUUUUUUAAUUCAUCCAUGUGGAAUGUGCACUAUCCCAUAAUCCCAAAUCAUGUCUUAGCAACUACGCCGUACGUACUUGUAUAGAGACAAUUCCACCUGGUCACCUGAUCACCUGGUCACCUGAUCACCUGAUCACCUGGUCACCUGGUCACCUGAUCAUCUGAUCACCUGGUCACCUGAUCACCUGAUCACCUGGUCACCUGAUCACCUGAUCAUCUGAUCACCUGAUCACCUGGUCACCUGAUCACCUGAUCACCUGGCUUAAUAGAGGUUCUACAAUGGUACACCUAUACUAUUCUCUGUUCAACACAAUGAGAGUAGUAAUAGGGGCUACAGGUAGAUAUAUGGAUUUAGAUAAAUAAUCAUCACAAUAACAAUCAUCAUAACAACAACAGAUUAUUAUUAUUAUAUUCAUAUUUUGAAUUUAAAAUAAUGAGUUAUGAGAUGUGAUCAGCCUAUUCAUGUACCAUAUUCCUGGCAUAAAGUAGAGGUGUGUGAUAGUUUGACUGACAUAGGGGUAUAUGGGUAGUUUGACUGACAUAAGGGUAUAUGGGUAGUUUGACAUAGGGGGUGUGUGGGUAGUUUGACUGACAUAAGGGUGUGUGGGUAGUUUGACUAACAUAGGGGUAUGUGGGUAGUUUGACAUAGAGGGUAUGUGGGUAGUUUGACUGACAUAAGGGUAUGUGGGUAGUUUGACUGACAUAGGGGUAUGUGGGUGGUUUGACUGACAUAAGGGUAUGUGGGUAGUUUGACUGACAUAAGGGUAUGUGGGUAGUUUGACUGACAUAGGGGUAUGUGGGUAGUUUGACUGACAGGGGGUGUGUGGGUAGUUUGACUGACAAGGGGUGUGUGGGUAGUUUGACUGACAUAGGGGUAUGUGGGUAGUUUGACUGACAUAGAGGGUAUGUGGGUAGUUUGACUGACAUAGGGGUAUGUGGGUAGUUUGACUGACAGGGGGUAUGUGGGUAGUUUGACUGACAUGGGGGUAUGUGGGUAGUUUGACUGACAUAGGGGUAUGUGGGUAGUUUGACUGACAUAGGGGUAUGUGGGUAGUUUGACUGACAUAAGGGUGUGUGGGUAGUUUGACUGACAUAAGGGUAUGUGGGUAGUUUGACUGACAUAGGGGGUAUGUGGGUAGUUUGACUGACAUAAGGGUAUGUGGGUAGUUUGACUGACAUAGGGGGUAUGUGGGUAGUUUGACUGACAGGGGGUAUGUGGGUAGUUUGACUGACAUAGAGGGUAUGUGGGUAGUUUGACUGACAUAGGGGGUAUGUGGGUAGUUUGACUGACAUAGGGGUAUGUGGGUAGUUUGAUGACAUAGAGGGUAUGUGGGUAGUUUGAUUGACAUAGAGGGUAUGUGGGUAGUUUGACAUAGGGGGUAUGUGGGUAGUUUGACUGACAUAGAGGGUAUGUGGGUAGUUUGAGAAAUCUGUUAAUUUCAGUCUUGUGAUUCUGUGAGGGUUUUGAAUUGUUCUGUAACUGUGUUCUAGUUGUUAUAUCAAAGCACAAUUACACCGAUAUGUAGAGGUGGUGAUGUAAAAUAAAAAAGUAGAUUAUGGAUAUUCUCAUAUUAUCAAUCUCAUUAUUAUUAUUAUUAUUAUUACUGUAUAGACUUUUUAGGUUUGUUUUCUUUACUACAGAAUAGGGUUACAAAAUUGCAGUAAAUUUCCCCAAAAUGUCCAGGUGUUUUCAGAAAUCCCUGUUGGAAAAUUCCCGGUAUCAGGAGGUAUCUUCAGAUUUUCAGAAGACCUGGGAAUUUCAAACCCUACUACAGAAACAUUUUA